AUGCUGGUAUUCGGCGUCGCUUCUUCUACAGGCUGGGUCUUAAAUCCGUUGCUUCUUGGAGGAGACGCCACAAACAAGCAACUGCCACUGGUGGCGUGGUACGGGUUGGGAACGAGCGACAGUCCUAUUUACGAGAUGCUGUACGUGUCGCAAUGCCUCGUUAUCUUCUACUGCUUCCUCGCCAGCUGGGGACUAGAUCUGUUUCUUGCCUCUGUUAUGAUACACAUUGCAGCUCUGCUGAAGAUUGUUUCUAUUCGUUUUUCUCUCGUGACUGCUAGUACAAAUUAUAGCAACCCUGACACUCAGGUGCACCAGCAAAACAAAACGCUUGCAGCUCCAGAAGAUAACCACGAGAUGGUUAUGAUGGAAGUAACUAGGGCUGAAUACAUGCAUCAGCACUGCAUUAUUAACACUGGAUUUCUUUUCAGAUUUGUGAGAGAUCUGGAGAAUAUAGUGAGUCCAUUAAUACUCACACAGUUCCUAGCAGGUAUCGUUGUCAUAUGCGUGAACCUGUACCAUACAACCACAGCCACCAACGGUCUGCUAUGGGCCUCAAAAUUUGCCACUUACCUGCUCAUGCUUGUUUUUCAAAUAUUUAUUUACUGCUGGUGCGCGCACGAUAUCGUGGAACAGGGCCAGCUGGUGGCGGACGCGGCGCUGUCUGUGGGCUGGCCGGACGCUCCGCCCACCGUGCAGAGGGCGCUGCUGUUCGUGGCGGUGCGAGCCCAGAGGCGGCUGGCCAUCACCGCCGGCCGGCUGCAGCCCGUCACCAGGGACUCCUUCCUGGCGAGUGAGCGCGUGGGUGAGGCGGCCUACUGUAGCGACUGGCCGUACGGCUCCGGCCGCUACAAGAGCGCCCUGCGACUGAUGAUGUGGCGGUCUCAGCGACCCAUCACCACCACGGCUGGCAAGAUCUAUGCAAUCGACAGGAACAUAUUCGCAUCGUUUCUGCGUACUGUUAAAAAAAUAUAUUUCUAG